GCGAAGAAAGACAUUGCAGCCGUCAAUCAUGGAAGAUCUGCACGAUCUAGCCAGUCGGGACCCGAGUGAAGCGGACAGUGGGUCUCUGUCCCUGAGCCUGGUGUCCCCACCGCCGCCUCUGCUGCACCCUGAAUUGCAUCCAGCUCACAGGACCUCUAACUUUUUCAUCGAUGACAUACUCCGUCCUGACUUUGGCUGCAAGAAGGAUCCGGGAACAGGAACCAGGGAGCGGCCUAAUGACUCUGACAGGGGCGGGCAGGAUAGGCCCGCACCGCCCGGAACUCCAUGCCCUGAUUACACCGACAGCGUUUCCUCUUGCACGUCCUCUUCGGCCUCGUCACCAUCAAGCCACAGAGAGUCCAGAGAUGACAAAUCGAGAUUGCCAGACCAUGCUAGAGAAUCAGCGCAAGGCGCAGAGCUCGCUAGCGGAGAAGCGGCGGGCGGUAAGGACCCUCGCGCGCUUCUUUGGCCCGCCUGGGUUUACUGCACCAGAUAUUCAGACCGACCUUCAUCCGGUAAGGCAACGGGCCCAAGGACCCGCAAACUGAAGAAGAAGAAGAGCCAGAUGGAGAAUAAGCGGCCCAGGACGGCGUUUACGGCUGAGCAGCUGCAGCGGCUGAAGGCGGAGUUCCAGAUGAACCGGUACAUCACCGAGCAGCGGCGGCAGACCCUCGCCCACGAGCUGAACCUCAACGAGUCGCAGAUCAAAAUCUGGUUUCAGAACAAACGCGCCAAGAUCAAAAAAGCCAGCGGUUACAAAAAUUCACUGGCGCUGCAUUUGAUGGCGCAGGGACUGUACAACCACUCCACCACCACCAUCCAAGGCGACAGUGACUAAAGGCUAGAGAGAGGCAUGAAGCUGGACUAACUCACAAACUGAACAGCAGGACUGCGUUUGCACUCUUGAUUAAAAAAGUGAGGAAACGCUGCACAUCGAUGUGUCUGAAAAGAAGUUUGAAAAACCCAUAUUAAAUAACCACUAAUUCGUAUUAUUGUAAAAUAUACCUGUAACACAUACUGUAGGGCCCACAACUAUAUUUUUCGAUCAUGGGGCUAUGUCUAUCUGUGUGUUUUUAUGUCUAACGUUAUGUCAAUAUCAAUUACAUUUUUUAAAUUCCACCAGACUAUCAGAUUUGCAAAUAUCUCAGUCUCAUGCCAAAGAUUUUGCUAAUUUUAGCCUUCUACUUGAGAUAUGAACUGUUCUGUUCAAAUAAACACUUUUAUAUACCGGAGAUAUAUUUUUUCCUUCUUUUUAUAUGAAAAUAAAU